CGGGCGCUUCUACUUCGCCCGAUACCCGGGAGGGUGGAACGAAGUGGGAGGAGUGGGAAGUGUUGAGAAACCCAAGCUCGGAAAGUUUCUCCUUGGAACAGCGUCUGAGGAAAAAGCCCAGUCGACGAAGUACAUUCUAAAGGCGGUUUAUAAGAGGAGCCCAGGGCGGAGAGGACAUCUGGAGUUCGGGUCCCAGAACUUCUCGCCUCCCCUCCCUUCUGGAUGCUGAAUGGUAUACUCCGAGCCGGAGUUAAAGUCUGGGUGCUGGGAAAGCCUCGGAGGUUAGCAGGCAGGAUGGGGCUGAGAGCCGGCGGUAGCCAAGGCCAAGCGGGCCGAGAGGUCGGGGCAGAAGGGCAGGAUCGGGCCUCUGAAUCGGGAAAUGAAAGUAUACAUUCUGGCAGCAUCUCUACCGUGCACAACGUUCCCAUGAGCGUCCUCAUUCGGCCGCUGCCCUCCGAGCUGGACCAGGACAAGGUGAAGAGCCUCAUGGACACCAUCCAGGAGGACCCAGACCGGGUGCCGCCUAUUGAUGUCCUAUGGAUUAAAGGAGCCCAAGGAGGGGACUACUUUUACUCCUUCGGAGGAUGCCACAGAUAUGCAGCCUACCGGGAACUGCAAAAGGAAACCAUCCCUGCCAAGCUGGUCCGGUCUACGAUAUCUGACCUUCGUGUGUACCUGGGUUCUUCCACACCAGACCUGCAGUAGUAACGCCCUUAGCCCUUGGGACUCACUGAAAAUGCUUCUUCAUUUGACCAUUGAAGAGGUCAGGAGAAGCUAAUUAAAACCGGUUCUUACCAGUUCCAUGCAGAGUACAAAAAUUGUCACCUUCUGACACAGAACGCAUCCCCUGAGAGACAGAGUACGACUUGUGUAGUAUUCCUUUAAGGCUAGAGAAGAGGGAUAAGGAAUCGUCCCAGUGAUUUGUCUAGUAUCUUUAGAUUCCCAUGAACCUGAAGGUUGUUGGCCUGGGGUUUAAGGAUAGAAGAGAGCAGCCUGCCCCACCCCACAGUGUGGUGUGAGUUGGUCAUGGAAAGAGGAGUGAACUUGGAAUUAGAACCUCCCUUGUUCAGAUCCCAGCUUUGAUGAUACCUGUAUGAACAGGCAUAGUUUCCUAUAUGAGGAGGUUGGACUAAAGUGUCUCUAAAGUCUUCCAACUCUAGAGCCUAUCCUUCUGAGAUGAUGUGGUAAGGGAACAGAGUGAGGCACUCUUUCUGGAGGGGAGGGGUGAAAGAAGUGAUGGGGAAUUGAAUGUCCCUCUUUCAACUUCUUGGGUGGAGGGGGCACUUCCUUGUCCAUAUCAGGCUAAGGGACCCAUGUGUUUCACUCUGUCUCCCCAGGGGAAGCAGGAAUCCUUGCUACCUUUUUUUUUUUUGCGAAAGAAUAUUCAUACACAACAACAAAUGAAAGCCCCAAUAAAUUCUGACUUAACGAAAAGUACUUUAGGCUUGGAGUAAGGUGGAACCAUGGACAAAUCACUUCUCUUUUGUAUCUGUUUUCUCAUCUAUAAAUUGUGGUAAGAAUACUUGUACUAACCUACCUCUCAGGGUUGUUGUGAGGAAAAUUAUUUGUAAAUUUCAAAGUGCUAAAGAGAUAGGAGUUGUAAUCUAAUUCUCAUGAUGGGGUUAAGAUGGAAAGUCUGAGGACCCAGCUGCUCUCUGCUAUUGGUCUUUUCUAUUUAUUGUUCCUCAGACUAUUUUGCAGGUGGGUAAAAUGACUGAUUUUUGUAAUUUAAUAAAUGUAUUCCUAUAUAAGUACA